CCUUCCUCAGGGCUGCCUGAUGAAAAGCCAUAUCAAGGGGUGCGAGUCCGAGACCCAGUCAAAGAGUUGCUGAGGAGGAAACGAGGACUGCUUCUCCACAAUGCCAAGACAGUGCCCCCUAGAGUGGUGAGGGAAACAUAACAACAACUAUGAAUUUAGUGUGAGCCUGCCAUCCUAUAAUAGAGAAUUGAACAAGACAGAGCAGGAGACAAAAGAGAACAGAGACUGAGUCAGCGAAGCCAGCCAGCGAAGCCACAGGAAUGCCAUUUGAAACAUUUUAGAUACAAUGCAUUCGGAAAGUAUUCAGACCCCCUUCCCUUUUCCCACAUUUUGUUAUGUUACAGCCUUAUUCUUAAAUUAAUUAAAUAACUUUUUCCCCCUCAUCAAUCUACACACAAUACCCCAUAAAGAAAAAAAGAAAUUUUCAAAUGUAAAAAUAAAUAAUUAAAAACAGAAAUACCUUAUUUACAUAAGUAUUCAGACCUUUUGCUAUGAGACUCAAAAUGGAGCUCAGGUGCAUCCUGUUUCCAUUGAUCAUCCUUGAGAUGUUUAUACAACUUGAUUGGAGGCCACCUGUGGUAAAUUCAAUUGAUUGGACAUGAUUUGGAAAGGCACACACCUGUCUAUAUAUGGUCCCACAGCUGACAGUGUAUGUUAGAGCAAAAACCAAGCCAUGAGGUCGAAGGAAUUGUCAGUAGAGCUCCGAGAAAGGAUUGUGUUGAGGCACAGAUCUGGGGAAGGGUACUAAAACAUUUCUGCAGCAUUGAAGGUUCCCAAGAACAAAGUGGCCUCCAUCAUUCUUAAAUGGAAGAAGUUUGGAACCACCAAGACUCUUCCUAGAGCUGGCCGCCCGGCCAAACUGAGCAAUUGUGGCAGAAGGGCCUUGGUCAGGGAGGUGACCAAGAACACGAUGGUCACUCUGACAGAGCUCCAGAGUUCCUCUGUGGAGAUGGGAGAACCUUCCAGAAGGACAAACAUCUCUGCAGCACUCCACCAAUCAGGCCUUUAUGGUAGAGUGGCCAGACGGAAGACACUCCUCAGUAAAAGGCACACGACAGCCCGCUUGGAGUUUGCCAAAAGGCACCUAAAGGACUUUCAGACCAUGAGAAACAAGGUUCUUUGGUCUGAUGAAACCAAGAUUGAACUCUUUGGCCUGAAUGCCAAGCAUUACGUCUGGAAGAAACCUUGCACCAUCCCUAUGGUGAAGCAUGGUGGUGGCAGCAUCAUGCUGUGGGGAUGUUUUUCAGCGGCAGGGACUGGGAGAUUAGUCAGGAUCGAGGGAAAGAUGAGUGGAGCAAAGUACAGAGAGAUGCUUGAUGAAAACCUGCUGCAGAGCGCUCAGGACCUCAGACUGGGGCUAAGGUUAAUCUUCCAACAGGACAACAACCCUAAGCACACAGCCAAGACAAUGCAGGAGUGGCUUCGGGACAAGUCUCUGAAUGUCCUUGAGUGGCCCAGCCAGAGCCCGGACAUGAACCCGAUCUAAUAUCUCUGGAGAGACCUGAAAAUAGCUGUGCAGCGACGCUGCCCAUCAAACCUGACAGAGCUUGAGAGGAUCUGCAGAGAAGAAUGGGAGAAACUCCCCAGCUGUAGUCGUUACCAAAGGUGCUUCAACAAAGUACUGAGUAAAGGGUCUGAAUACUUAUGUAAAUGUCAUAUUUCAUUAUAAUUUUUUUAUACAUUUGCAAAAAUGUAAAAAAAACUGUUUUUGCUUUGUCAUUAUGGGUUAUUGUGUGUAGAUUGAUUAGGAAAAACAGUAAUUUAAUCAAUUUUAGAAUAAGUCUGUAACGUAACAAAAUGUGGAAAAAGUCAAGGGGUCUGAAUACUUUCUGAAUGCACUGUAAGUGUCAACCUGAAUUGUCAACCUGUCAACCUAAAGAGUCAACCAGAAUCUUCAGCAUUUUUUCUUAUUUUUACAACAUGCCCUAAAAACGAAAUGAUGGCUGGACAUGCACAACGUCAACUGAAAGGAGCCUGGAGAAGAUCAGAUCAGAUUCCUAUAGCAGGGUAGAAAAGGGGGAUUUUAUCCUUAUAUAAUGCAGGUGUUUUUCCAUGACAGUUACUACAUGGCUGCAGGGCUGGGCACAGGGCCUAUGCAAAUCAGCUCAGCACAGCCUUGCCAAGGAGCCCUCUUACCAACCUAUGAAUUACCUCUGACAACACACAACACACACGCAGUAUGGCAUUCUCAACACUACAUUCCAAACACACAGGCCCUAAUGAGAUAGAAAGAUCGAAGUCCUGUUAAAAAAAGGAGGGAUAGCUGAUAUAAUAAUUAUUAAUGACUAAUUAUUACACCCUGAAACUGUGUGAAAUGUGUUAGAAUGUGCGAGUGUAGGACCAGUAAAGAUUAUGACAUUGAGCUACUAUUUAGCAAUGUGAGUAAGAGUUAGACCAGACAACAAAGUACAAGGAGAGUUGUCUACAGACAACUGAGAAACCAAGAUGAAGAGGCCUCACAAUUUAGGACUGGACACACUCACCACUGGUCUGGUGCGAGGAGCAGGCACGGGCCGAACCGGACUAGGAACAUGCGCCACUGGCUUGGUGCGAGGAGCAGGAACAGGCCGGGCCGGGCUGGCGACGCGCACCACUGGUUUGGUGCGAGGAGCAGGAACAGGCCGGGCCGGGCUUGCGACGCGCACCACUGGCUUGGUGCGAGGAGCAGGAACAGGCCGGGCCGGGCUGGCGACACGCACCACUGGCUUGGUGCGAGGAGCAGGAACAGGCCGGGCCGGGCUGGCGACGCGCACCACUGGCUUGGUGCGAGGAGCAGGAACAGGCCGGACCAGGCUGGCAACGCGCACCACUGGCUUGGUGCGAGGAGCAGGAACGGGCCGUACCGGACUGUGGAGGCGGACUGGAGGUCUGAAGCGGAGAGCUGGCACAACCCGUCCUGGCUGGAUGCCUACUUCCGCACAGGCAUUAGCACAGGCCGCCCAGUCUCACACGCUCCUGCAGAGUACGGAGUUGGGUCCCGUCUAACACUAGGCUCCGCCAACCACCCUUUUGCCCCAAUGUGUUUUAUUGGGGUGUCUCUCGGGCUCUCUCCCACCGCUUCUCUGUGCCUGUGUCUUUCUGCUGGGCAUUACCUUCGCUGGCCUUCCCCGCAAAUAUCUCCUCCCAUGACCACCAAUUGCCCACCUGUGACAUGGCUACUCUCUCCGCCUGGGCACGCUGCUUGGUCCUCGUUUGGUGGGAUCUUCUGUCACGUUCGUUUACAGACGGGACGGACCAAGGCGCAGCGUGAUAUGCAUACAUGUUUAUUUAUAUGAAUAAACAACGACAAAACAACAAACUAAACGAAACGUGAAGUCCAAGGUACACAAACAACAUACCUCACACGGAACAAGAUCCCACAACCCACUAGUGCCAAUAGGCUGCCUAAGUAUGGUCCCCAAUCAGAGACAACGAGCGACAGCUGCCUCUGAUUGGGAACCACACCGGCCAACAUAGAUCUAGACAACAUAGAAUAUACACACCCUGACUCAACAAAUAAGCUUCCCCUGAGUCAGGGCGUGACAAGAAUUCUCAAUGAAUAAACAUCUCUGACUAUGCAGACCGGGACUGUCUGUUUCUUGAUCCUUUUGGGAGACGCACAGAGACACUGAAAUAGUUUGUUAAAUAAUUCUCAUAACAAUAGCCAACUAAAUGGACUGUAUUACUUGAUAGUCUUUAAUCUCAGAGGUUCUCAGAGGUACUUGAUAGUCUAAAAACAGAGGUUCUCAGAGGUUCAGGGAAAGGUCCAGCAGAUCAGUAGAAGAAGUGUAUUUGACUAAAUGUGUAGUAUUUGUCUUUUAAAAAAGAAACACAAAAUGAAGUAAUAGAUGAAUACAUCAUAGAAAAUAUGACACACCUCUUGCAACAACAAUAUACAGUAUACAAUGAAGUUCUCCAGCUUGGUAUUGAAUUUGCAUGUCUGGAUUCAAUUGAAUAGUCUCCUGUUCCGGAACUCUCCUGCCAUUCCACUGUUUGCUCCAAACUCCCAUAUACGUCACACACACAUGCACGCACGCACGCACGUACACACACACACACACACACACACACACACACACACACACACACACACACAAACACACACACACACACACACACACACACACACACCAAUGGAUAUAAUUGACUCAUUAUUCGAGUGUGAAGUAAUACAAGUUAAUACAUUGUUCUACACAAACACACAGGGUUUAGGAACAUUACCAUAUAAGCCAGUGGAUUUGUAGCUACUGUUUAAAUUAUGUUGGCAUUUAAAAUGAUUAAAAUCAGUCACCACAUGUACACCUGUGGUUUACCAUUGAUAAUGUGCAUACAGCAUUUGAAUAUAAACUCCUGAGCUUUAAAGCUCAAAUACCAUUGUAACUCAGCUUAAAUAAUAAACGCUUUUGGAGUCGUUUUAGAUUCCCUUCCUUCAGGUAGAUUUAUCAUAACAUAUUUUUCACAGGUAGGGGUCCCAAACAACAACUUGCCUUCAUAUGCACAGCUUGGUAAGUGAAUUGGAGUAUAUAUUCCCAUUAUUACUUUGGAUGAUAAGUUUAAAGCUUUAUGUUAGUAUUGGCUACUAGUGCUAACCCAGUAUGGUAUCUCCAUAGGGACUUCCGGGUUUGAAGUGGCUAAUAGCCUAUCCAAUGACUCCUCCACAGUCAAUGAUGGUGGCCUCUGUGCAGGUUGGAUAGCCCAGCCUGCAGCUACUGCUCUCCAGCCCAUUAACCAUUGGUCCUACCCAGAGUACCUCCAGCAGUAUGACCCCACCACCACAACCACCACCACCCUGCCCCUCACCACUGACAUGUACAUGCAGCCAAUGUGUCCCAGCUACACCGUGGUGGGUCCAUCCUCCAUGCUCACCUACACACACACGCCUCUCUUUACCAACUUCGGGGUGAGUGAAAGAGCAACAAAUCUUGAUCGUGUGUCAACUGAAUUAAGUGUAAACUCUGUAAACAUUGCGUCAUAUCCACAGAGCAUAGUACAAUACACCUUCACCUGUACAAACUAGUUCUAACACAUCCACUGUUGUCGGUGCAGACCCUAGCACCAACAUCCACAGCCCUACCGCAAGUGGACCUCCAGGACUCAGUGCUGACUUAUAUCCCAUGGGCCCAGCCGCUAACCACCAUCCCUACAUCGGGUGUGCAGUUUGCCUCUCACCCUGCCUCUCUGGCUGGGUCUCAGCUGCUUCCCAUGUCCAUGCCAGUGACCCCCACCAUGCACCAGCAGGACCCUCAGCCGCAGCCCCUGGAGCAGAGCCCUGCUGGGGCUGAAGAACCCAACCCUCUGGAGAAACUUCUGGAAGACCAGGAUCAGGACGACAAAUACACAUAUGUGAACAGUUCCUCAAUCUUCAUCCCCAGUGUC